GAAUCUGAUAGUGAAACGCUGUAAUUAGUUCAUGGAGAUGAGGCAGAGCGAACAGAGCGGCGAAUUUUGAACUGAUUUAAAUUGAUUCGAUCAGAAUUAUCUGUUAUGAAUGGGCGCCUUUAUCAUUUUCUUGGCCCCUUAAUCUCCACCUAUGCCGAAAUUAGCCAACUGAAAUAUAUUUCUGUGUGGGUGAAUGCGAAUAAUACAGUAUAAAAAAAAACCGUGUGUUUGAAAAUAUCCGUGUAAUUAUUUGUUUUAUUGUUUACUUCCAUGUUUGUGAACUGAUCGUGAGUGACGCAAUUAGGCGCUGCGCACGCAUGGCUACAGGGUUGUAGCUUCUGUUCUGCAGUCUAGACACAAUAUUUCCACUUGACACAGGAGUGAUUUGCUAGGUAAACUUGUCCCAGAAUCGUCAUUAAGCUAUACAGACCGUGGAUAAGUAUACAGUAUUUAUUUAGUUCGCUGGAGAGAUUCUUAAGCCGGCCACCGAGAAAGACAGCAACGAAUAGCUAAGCUGACAAACCAUCCAUAAAUAAUUAAAAACCCAUUGAAAAUAACCACGUUUGAGUAAAUACACAUUGAUAGCUAUAUAUGCAGUAACUUGGGACGGCGGGAAGGGGAGGGGGGAAGUAACAUAUUAAAGUUGUUUUUCAGCGCUGUCUGAUUUCUGGACACAUACGGUGACUUGUAAUAUUCUAUUUGAAACCACCCAAAUGUUAAAGCAGCCUUUAGUACACGUCUGCACCGCAAUAAGAUUAAGAAACGUGACAAUUGAAUUACACCUUGCUGCAUUUUAUCCCGACUUACUCUUGUACAAGUCUAACAAACUUAAUGCACUAACCCGUUCUCAACUUCUAUUGGCUGGUUAAAAAGGCUUAUCUUGUUUGUAGAAGUUUGUGAAACUGCGAACUGAACAUUUCGCAUUUCCCACCUUCCCACGACUUUCUCCAUUUUGGCUCCGAAGUAUCUUAUAGCGCAGUACACAAACCUGCCACUCUAUUCAUUUGGUGUUCUUUAAAAACCAGUAAAAAAAAAAAAAAAAAAAAAAAUUGUUUUUGGUUGGGCUAAGGAAGCGUCAAUCACGACACACGGUCAGGUUGAGACGAGAGUACAAGAUACUGUUAUGAGACGUAAGGCUGGUUAACUGCUUAACAAAACAUCACACACCGGAAGGCUUUCCAAAACUCUCUGUGCGUUCGUGCUGUGGUGCGGUUCUUGAUGAUGGAAAAUGGCCAGUCACUCCCCACAGUGGCAGAAGCAGAUAACGACGUGUACGACAGUACCACUGAGCCUAGGGCCGAGUUGUACCAACCAAGUGUUGCCAGGAUAAAGACAGAUACAGCCAUGAACGCCCAAAAGGGUGGGCUGGUUAUAUUUACAGCCAACUCCAACCCUUCUUGCAUGGCACUUGCCAAGAGGAUUUCAGAGCGUCUUGGUGUGGUGCUUGGUAAAGUGCAGGUUUACCAAGAGGCAAACAGGGAAACAAGAGUGCAGAUCCAGGAGUCUGUAAGAGGGAAAGAUGUCUUCAUCAUUCAGACAGUUUCCAAAGACGUUAACACUGCGAUCAUGGAGUUCCUCAUCAUGGUGUAUGCCUGCAAGACCUCCUGUGCCCGCAGUAUCAUUGGAGUCAUUCCCUACUUCCCCUACAGCAAGCAGUGCAAGAUGAGGAAAAGAGGCUCCAUCGUGUCCAAGUUAGUUGCGUCAAUGAUGUGCAAAGCUGGACUAAAUCACCUGAUCACAAUGGAUCUGCAUCAGAAAGAAAUUCAGGGUUUCUUUAACAUCCCGGUAGACAAUCUGAGAGCAUCACCGUUCCUCCUGCAGUACAUUCAAGAAGAGAUUCCUGACUAUAGAAAUGCAGUAAUUGUGGCCAAAUCUCCGUCAUCAGCUAAAAGGGCACAGUCCUUUGCUGAGCGGUUGCGGUUGGGAAUUGCAGUGAUUCAUGGGGAAGCCCAGGAUGCAGAGUCUGACCUGGUGGACGGGCGUCACUCACCACCAACUGUCAAAAACGUAGGGGCCAUUCACCCCAGCUUGGAUAUACCCUUUGUAAUUCCUAAAGAAAAACCACCAAUUACAGUUGUGGGAGAUGUUGGUGGGAGGAUCGCAAUUAUAGUGGACGACAUUAUUGAUGAUGUUGACAGCUUUUUAGCUGCUGCCGACACACUUAAGGAGAGAGGGGCUUACAAAAUCUACGUGAUGGCAACUCACGGGAUCUUAUCCUGCGACGCGCCGCGAUUGAUAGAAGAAUCAGCAAUUAAUGAGGUGGUAGUGACCAACACAAUCCCUCAUGAAAUCCAAAAACUGCAGUGCCCCAAGAUCAAGACUGUGGACAUCAGCAUGAUCCUGUCCGAAGCCAUUCGACGGAUCCACAAUGGGGAAUCCAUGUCCUACCUCUUCAGGAAUAUCGGGGUGGAUGAUUGAAACCUUCCUUUUGAGCCAAACUCAAGUGUAUUGACUUAUUUGUGUUUGUUUGUGUAUAGAUGACAGGAAUGUUAAGUUCAAUUAAGAGGGGCCAAUUUUGUUAAAAAUAAUUGAUUAGGGGAAAAAGAGAAAGAAAUUGCAUAUAGACUCAAUACUUUUUUAAGUUAAGCAUUACAUGUAUGGUAGGUUGCACUGUGAGUGUUGCACUAAUGCAGGACUCUUAAUUUUUUUUUGAGCAUUCCAGUUGUCAAGCAGCAGGGCAGUAAAAAUUAAUGCAUGAGUUGUUGUAAUAUAUUUAAAAAAUUUAAAAGACAAGAGUAUAGGGGUGUCAAGGACAGGUCUAUAACAAAUGAUAACUUCUUAUUUUUACGCAUCAAAGCCUAUAUUCCUGGAGCAAACCAGGGAGAAAUCAACUUGAAUACUUACAGAAAUCUGUUAAGUAGUUUAUAUGCCUCCUAAGCUGGGAUCAGGGCAAGGUAACUGGUGCCAAAAGCUUGAUAUAGAAUUUGAGUAUUUUCAAUAUUUUAUUUUUUAAAUUUAUUUACAGUGCCUGUAGAAAGUCUACACCCCCUUGAACUUUUUUCAC